UCUGCAAAAGAGAAGCAGCCAUUGCAGACCUAUCGUCCGUAUAACCUCGCUCAUCGAGGAUCAAAUGGUGAGCUCCCUGAAGAAACUGCAGAAGCAUACAUGAGAGCAAUUGAAGAGGGUGCAGACUUCAUUGAAACUGAUAUUCAAGCAACUAAAGAUGGCGCAUUGAUAUGCAUGCACGACAUGACUCUAGAUGAUACAACCGAUGUAGCAGAUCAUAAGGAGUUUGCUGAUCGGAAAAGAACUUAUGAGGUUCAAUGGGAGAAUGUAACUGGAUGGUUUGCAGUUGACUUUACAUUAAAAGAGUUAAAGACACUGAGAGCAAAGCAGAGGUUUGCAUUCCGUGAUCAACAAUACAACGGAAAGUUUCGGAUAAUUACCUUUGAUGAGUACAUCUCGAUUGCACUUGCUGCACCCAGAACUGUUGGUAUCUAUCCAGAGAUAAAAAAUCCUAUAUUUGUUAAUAAAUACGUUAAAUGGGCAGAUGGAAAGAAAUUUGAGGAUAAAUUUGUUGAUACACUUAAAAAGUAUGGUUAUAAAGGAGAGUACAUGUCCAAAGAUUGGCUAGAAAAACCAAUAUUUAUACAGUCAUUUGCUCCAACUUCACUUGUUUACAUCUCCAAGUUAAUCAAUUCACCGAAAGUCUUCCUGAUUGACGAUGUUACCAUACUAACGGAAGACACCAAGCAGACCUACGAGGAGAUUACUUCUGAUAAGUACUUCGAUUAUAUUAAAGACUAUGUUGUUGGUAUUGGACCAUGGAAGGAUACUGUGGUGCCGCCCGUACACAAACGGUUGACAACGCCAACCGAUCUAGUCGCAAAAGCUCAUGCUCGAGAUCUACAGGUUCACCCGUACACAUAUAGGAACGAGGAUUCAUACUUAAAUUUUGAUUUCCACCAAGAUCCCUAUGAAGAGUAUGAUUACUGGAUAAACAAGAUGGGUGUUGAUGGACUAUUCACUGAUUUCACUGGUAGCCUUCAUCAAUAUCAAGAGUGGACCACAAAACAUUCUCGUUCUUGAAUCUCUUCCAGCAGACGCAACAGCUGAUUUCCUCAUACAAAAAGCAGUGAAGCGUAUUUAGUUAUUUGUUCUAAGAGUGAUCUCCUUCAGUCAAUAAGGUCAAGGGAGACUUGCUGAAGAUCAACCAAACAUUCUCCUAAGAGACCAAUUGAAUUUAUUUAAAUAUGAUCAUCCAUUAUUGCUUCAGCUGUAACUAUUCCUGCAGUAAAACGUGGAAGCAUCUUAAUUAUUUUUUGCUUUUG